AUGGGUUCCAAUACUCCUGUUCAUCUCUCUUCUUUUCCUGGAAUUCUUCAUCAAUAUACCCCUAAACUCGUUGGUUUUGAAUUCGUUAGCUCUAGUGGAAAAACGGCCUCUUCCUGCAAAGACCGUCCUUUACUUCUUUUUGUUGGUGGACUUGGCGACGGUUUAGUAACGGUUCCCUACGUUCCAAAAUUGGUAGAACCUCUUGAUCAACUUGGCUGGAGUGUUAUUCAAGUCCACACCCAGUCGUCUUACAUUGGAUGGGGAACAGGAAGUCUUGUUCGUGACGACGAGGAUUUACAUAAUGCUGUUGAAUUUUUUGCUCAUCUCGGCGGCGCUGACUACAACUCCAGGAAAAUCGUUUUGAUGGGCCAUUCCACGGGUUCUCAGAAUGUCCUUUAUUAUCUCUCUCAAUCUUCUCUUGACAACCAUUUAGCUGCUGCAAUUGCCCAGGCUUCGGUGUCUGAUCGUGAAGGUUGCUACAAUACGAUCGGCGUUGACAAGACACACGAAUUACUUGCUUGGGUAAAAAAGGAUUACAUUGAUAAGGGUCUUGGAGAUGAUGUUUUGCCUAGAAGCAAGAUUGCUCAUGUAAUGGGUGAUACCCCUGUAUCUGCAAAUCGGUUCAUGGAUUUAGUAUCUGUUCGUGGUCGCGAUGACUUUUUCUCUACCGACUUGACCUCUGAUGACUUUGCCAAAACAUUUGGCAGUAUCAAACCAAUUACUGGAACUCAUAAUUACAGUCGUCUUGCUUUGUUUAUGUCUGGGAAAGACGAAUUUCUCGCAAAGGAUGUCAACCGUGAAGAGGUUGUCCAGAGAUUUAGACAAGCCAUUCGUCCACAGACUUCUAAUAGCGAUUUCAGCGGGGUCAUUCCUGGUGCUACUCACAACGUAGGAGAGUCAUCCGAACCCGGAGCUUUGGAAUGGCUUAUUGAACACCUUGUCGAAGUAUUAAAGCAUCUCUAA